AGCCAAACAACAAAUAGGUACUGAAUUUCGUCGCCUACUACUACUACUACUACUACAUGUAUGCCGGCGGCCCCUUCCGACGGUACAAUAGAAACCCUAGGCAGAAAUUAGGGUUCUCGAAGAUGAAAAGAAUGUCUUCUCGGAUGGAAAUGAUGACUACAGAAUGAAUUUACUCUUCAUUCUUGCAAAACCCCUCCCACAACAUAUCUCUAACGAAGUAUCAACUAAUGGCUUCUUCCAUAUCCGAAUCACUUCCAAGAUUCACUGCCGAUGCCCUUCGCUACGCCGCUAAACAGUCGGAGAAAUGCAUCGUCAUCCCCGUUCCCCUUCGUCGUGCUAUCAAAAGAUUCCUCCGCGAACAAGAACAGCCUUACAUGAAGAGAAAGGUAUUGAGCUUGUCUCAGUCCUUUAACGAUAUCAAGGACGUUAACCUCCUGCUAACCACCUCCACUUCCAAAGAGCUCGUUGAAGACCCUUUAAAGUACUCAGGACAAUCAAAGCGAUGGAAGAUUGAGAGCAACUAUGGAGACAUAGGUUUCAAGUACAGCGAUGACCAGACUGCAGCUUAUGUUGCCUCUCGUAUGCCUGCCGUCUUCUCCGCUUGCUUCCGAGUUCUUAUUGAGGUUUGUAGAAGAUUACCUGAUUUUACUCCAAAAUCAGUAUUGGAUUUUGGUGGCGGUUCUGGUUCAGCUUUGUGGGCAAUGAGAGAAGUUUGGCCUCAAUCUAUAGAGAGAUUUAAUUUGAUAGAACCUUCACAAUCCAUGCAACGUGCCGGUCAGAGCCUUCUAAAACAUAUGAAGAAUUUGCCACACAUUCAAAGCUAUGCUACCCUUCAGGCGCUAAACAUGAACGUUAGCAAGAGCGAAAGAGAGCAUGAUCUCGUGAUCGCUUCCUAUGUCCUUGGAGAGAUACCCUCACUCAAAGACAGAAUUACGAUUGUUCGUCAGCUUUGGGAUCAUACUCGAGAUGUUCUGGUUCUGGUUGAACCUGGGACCCCCCAAGGAUCCAGCAUUAUAGCUCAAAUGAGAUCUCAUAUUUUAUGGAUGGAGAAAAGAAAAAGUCGAAAAUUACGAAAAGUAUCUGAUAAAGCUGGAAAGGACGAUACAGAUGCUUUGAAUGGAGAUUUAACUAAGACGAUUGCGAUUGAAAGUGGUGUUUGUUCUAAGGACUUGAUGGCGACUCAUGAAGGUUUAAAGAGUUUAAUUGUGCCUCGAAAAAAUGGAGCGUUUAUUGUUGCACCCUGUGGUCACGAUGGGCAAUGUCCUUUGCAAAAGAGUGGAAAAUACUGUCAUUUUGUUCAACGGUUGCAGAGAACAACUUCACAACGCGCUUAUAAGAGGUCCAAAGGAGUUCCUUUACGUGGAUUUGAGGAUGAGAAAUUUUCAUUUGUUGUUUUCAGACGAGGACAAAGACCAACAAAAGAUCCUUGGCCACUGGAUGGGAUGAAGUUCGAUACAUUAAAAGAGCAACACGCCAAGAGAAAUCCAGAGGAUCUUGAAAUUGACUAUGAGGAUCAAUUUGCCUCGGAAGAUGAGGUUACAGAAGAAGGGAAUCUAGUUCGGUACGAGUCAGAUAUGGCUGAGAAAGAUGCGAUUGUUGAGAUUGGGUAUAAGGAUGGUUGUGGCGGUGAGGAUGUGGAAGGAGAAAGAAAAGAGGAGGCUGAUCUUGGGAGUGGUUGGGGGAGAAUUAUAUUCUCCCCUCUCAGGAGGGGUAAAAGAGUCGAACUAGAUAUCUGCAGAUCGACUAACAGGGAAGGUUCGGAGGGCUCGUUUGAUCGGAUCGUUCUAACCAAAAGCAAGAAUCCGGCCCUUCAUCAUCAGGCUCGAAGAUCCCUUUGGGGUGAUUUGUGGCCUUUCUAAUUUUUUUAACUUUAUAGAAAAUAAGUUAUCAGUUUAAUUGUCC